GUAAAAUUCAAGAACUUUUGAGUUUAUUCAAAUAUAUUUUAAUUAUCAUGUCUUCUUCAACAAAGUUCUUAACUUUAAAGACUAACGAUAUGGAGGAAUUUGUAUUGGACGAGGCGAUAGCCAUAAGGUCACAAACUAUUAAGAAUAUGGUUGAAGAUGAUUGUGUUUCAAACGUCAUUCCCCUGCCUAAUGUUGAUAGUAAAACAAUGAUCAAAGUGAUUGAGUACUGGAAGAAACAUUCCGAGGAAGGCAUCUCCAAAGACAAAUUGAUGGACUUUGACAAGGCUUUUGUGAAGGUGGACCAAUCGAUUUUGUAUGCUCUUAUCUUAGCUGCUAAUUUUCUUGACGAUAAGGAGAUGUUGGAUACGAUGUGUCAAGAAGUUGCUAAUAGAAUUAAAGGGAAAACACCGGAAGAAAUACGUAAAGAAUUUAAUAUCGAAAAUGAUUUUACUCCAGAGGAAGACGAGGAGAUCCGCAAUGAGAAUGCUUGGGCUUUUGAAUAAUUUUAUAAUUAUUUUAAAUAUUUAUUCUUUUUAUUUUAGGAUUAAAACUGUCUAGU